AUGGAAGGCCCGAUAACGUUGGGCUUGGGCAUGCUACAGAAUCAGAUUGAAGCUAAUCUCUAUGAGAUUGCUAGCAUAAAAACCGAUGUUUCGCCAUGCUCUCCACGUGGUGAGGAAAUCUUGCGGAUGCGGCAGGAACUGGAAGCUGCUCGUCGAUCGAUAGCAGAAAAAGAUGAGAAAAUGUGUCGAUUGACGCGAAUCCAGGAUACGGUCGAUGCCGAGGUGCAAGAACUUACCGAAAAACUUUUCCAGGAGGCCUAUCGGAUGGUAAACUAUGCUGAGGAACGCCGUGAACGAUCAGAAAGACUGCUGAACGAGUCAAGGUUACAGGUUGAAGUUCUUUCGGCUGAAGUGGCUGCCUUGAAGCUGCUCGUUCAAACACCUGGCAUGGGUCAGAAUCACUUCCAACACACAUCACCCGAGCAUAAGUCAGCAUUGGCAAAGCUAUUUUCUACAUCCUCAGCGAAGCGGUCCAGUUCAUCUGGGGCCGCUCCUACGCGGAAAUCGUCCACACUGCCGCCGUCAACGGCCUCGUUUUCACGUGAAAAGGAACGAGAAACUGAGCAAAAGCAGGCAGAAGCAGUUGAAGAAGUGGAUCCGUUACUAAUGUUCGAGUUCACAUCAUGGCGUGACGCCGGACAUCCUUUAGCCCAUCAUCCGUUCAUGGAUCGGGUCAAUAUAGAAGAGAUUGCGCCAUGUAUGACGUUUAGUGCAAAAGAGCUUUCCGACGCAAUUUUCGAUUCUAUAGCUUCGAACAAGCUAGAGUUGGAGCCUGUACAUGAGGACAAACCACAUAUCAUGCCUUGUGCCCUAACGAAGGUCUCACGAUUCUGUCCAUAUCGAGUUCGGGUCUCUGAAGAAGCUCCAUGGCAUAGAAUUUCGUUGCUGGCACGGAAUCGGGUUAGUUCUUUGAAGUAUCUUGUUUUUCUUCUUGAAUAUCCGUAUGGCUUCAGUUACAGAAGGUUCCGCUAUAUCUUUAUAGAUUUCUUUUCUCUGAACUCGCAUAUUCUAUUCUGUGAGGUGUGCGAU